UGUCUUCGGCUCCACAACGCAGAAGUGUUUUGGUUUGGUUGGAGCGCACUACAGCAACCGAGUUGGAGUUGAACGCUCACGGUUUGUUUCGUCGUCGCGUUCUGCUCUGGAAAGCCGUUUGCCUCCCGAGUUGUGCGCAUCGAGGAGUCUCCGCCGUGUUCUUUCCGUCUCCUCUCCCUUCUUCCCCGUCCGUCGUCAUUUGGGGAAGAGAGAGGAGGGAGGAGAAGAAGAAGAAGAAGAAGAACAAGGAUGGAUGAUCCGUCCUUGUUGCUGAUGCUCUCCAGUCUCCUCCACCUCCACACCUACCUCGAUCCCACCUCCUCCUCCAACCCCCCUUCCUCCUCCGCCGCCGCCGCAUCCUCCGCUGCAGCCCCGCUGCUCUUCUUCGCCAUCGCCUCUGUCCUCUCCUACGCCUCCUCCACUCUCCGCCACCGCCGAUCCCGCCGCCGCCGCCGCCGCCGCAGCUCCUCCUCCCCCUCCCCUCCUCCGCCACCCCCUCCCCCCCGCUCUGUCGCCUCCCCUUCCACCGGCUUCUUCUUCCUCUCCUCCGAUCGCAUCCUCUCCUUGGAGCCCUCCGCCCGCGACGCCCGCUUUCGCUCUCUCUACGGCGUCUCCCACCCCGUCUUCGAGACCCUCCUGAAGAACCUCCGCCACCUCGAUGCCUCUGCCGCCUUUCCCUCGUCGCUCCCUCUCGACCGAGCCUUCUCCGUUGCCCUCGCCCGCCUCUCCCGCGGCCUCUCGUCCCGCUCCCUCGCCCGCUCCCUCUCCCUCCCCCCAGCCCUCGUCUCCCGAUGCACCCACGCCCUCACCCGCCUCCUUUCUACUCGCCUCUACCCCCGCUACGUCACACUCCCCGCCAACCCCGACCACCUCCUCUCCACCCUCCAGUCCUUCAAGGACAUCACCGCGCUCCCCAACCUCGCCGCCGCCAUCGCCUCCUCCCCCGUCCGUCUACGCCUCCGGCAAGCCCCUCAUCCCAACCCUUCGCACCCCAAUUCCGCCCCCGAACCCGGUACCGACCUCCUCCGAUCCCCCAGCCGUUCCUUCCCCUCUAUCCUUCUCCAGGCCGUUGCCGACCACCGCAAGGUCUUCUGGGACGCCUGCGUCCGCGCCCCUGGUUCCUCGGACCCUGCCUCCCACCUCCGAGACAGCAGCCUCUACCGCCUCCUCCUCGACAACAAUGGCAGCAGCGGCGCCCUCCCCCUUCGGGACCACGUCAUCUCCGUCCGCGGCCAGCACGUGCGCCCCUACCUCGUCGGGGACUCCUCCUACCCCCUUCUCCCCUUCCUCCUCACUCCCUUCUCGUCGUCCUCGUCGGCGGCCACUUCGAGUGCCCCCGCACUGGAGGCAUUCGAUUCUGCUCUGGCUAAAGGUCGCGCAGCGUCGGUGGAGGCUGCUAUCGGGUUGCUCAAGGGAAGAUGGAAGAUACUUCGGAACCUCAACGUAGGGCUUGAUCAUGCGGCCCAGACGGUGGUCGCAUGCGUGGUUCUGCACAAUAUGUGUCAAUUCGCCAAGGAGCCGGAAGACGAAGGGAGGUACAUGUGGCGGGAUCCGCCCGAGAGUCCGCAGCCGGCCAGCCUGGUGGAGAGUGAACGAUCUCUUCACUAUAUGGGUGAGAGCUUGAGACAGGCAUUGGCGGAGGAUCUCUAUGAGCGACAGCAGAAGCUUGGGUCAGGAGCAAGGUGAAGUAUUGACAGUAUUGGGUUAGUCAAGGAAAAAAAUGGUGUGAUUUCUGCAAGAUCUAUAUUGCAAACAACCCUUUGAACAUCAGAACUCAUGAACUUGGUCAGCGCCACAAGGACAAUGUUGCUAAGAGGCUUGCUACUAUGAGAAAGGAGAGCGCUGCCAGGGAGAAGGAACAAAAAGAAGCAGCACGUGCCCUAAAGGAAAUAGAAGCA